CCGUGCCCUGAUUGCGGAGAAAAGUUUAGCACCGGACGUGCACGUGAUCAACACCGUCCUCGCUGUGGUUUUCCACGCCCCCAACCCAAACGGCGAAGAACUGAUGGAGCAGGGCCUUCUCAUGAUCACCAAGAUCCGGAGGGGACAAGCUCUGCCAUGAACGGCUUGUUCAAGAUCAUAGAUUUGAACAUUUCAUCAGAAUCGCCUGCAGUAGCCGAAAUUCUGCAGAAUGAAGCUGAGAGAAUAGCAGAUAUUCUUAGAAUCCAACUGGACUUCUACCGUGCUGCCAAGUUCUACCUUAGCAUCGAGGUCGCUUUGUGUAAACUCACUGGACCUGAAGAGGGGCAGCAACCGUUUCGCACACCCGCUACAGAGCUUCUGGAAUCCACCAACCUCGAGGAAGAACUAGCACGGCAGAUUGAUAUAAUUGCCGUGCAAAUCACAAAUUUUACUAGAAAUGGAUCGGGAUGGGCAGUGAAAGGGCUCAAGUGCACACACCUUUUCAUCACGAAAUAUACACCAAUGCGAAUUGGUAAGCAUUUUCCGCUGCCUCCUGCGUUAAGGAAGAAGAAACAAGCAUUCCUCAACAUUAAGAACAAGGAUAACAGAUGUUUACUGUGGUGUGUCAUUGCAAAAAAGCAUCCUUAUCCACGAAAAGACGGUAACGCCAGUGAACUGAGUUACUACAAACAGUUCGAGAGUGAGAUGAAGGAGGAUGGCAUAACAUGGCCAAUCACCAUGCAGCAGAUUGGGAAAUUCGAGCGGAUGAACAAUGUAAGGAUAAAUGUGGCUGCCUAUGAUGACUGCAAGGAGGCAGCAGGCGAGCCAUUUUACCCAGUACGAGUUUCACCAAUAGACGACCCUACGCUCCCCACAGUCAACGUGAUGGUAUUAACUAACGGUGAUACCACACACUUCGUGCUCAUCAAAUCGUUGAAUGCCCUGCUGAUGAAGGGGAGGAAUUCAAAACACCAUUGUCAGAGGUGUUUUCAUGGUUUUAAAAAACUAAGCAACCUCAUCAAACAUGAGGAGAGUUGCAUUCGGUUUAAGCCGCAGGGAAUCAAAUUCCCUGAUGAGGAUGUACUCUAUUUCAAGGGUUAUGAUAAGAUGGUACAGUCGCCUGUAUACAUAGUGGCAGAUUUCGAGUCAUACAUCAAGCAGAUGGAUCAAACGGAUGACUCAAAUGUACAGGCAACUAGAAAGGUUAAGGAACAUGAAGCUUGUGGGUUCGCGUACAAGGUGGUAACCCCAUUUGAGUCCUACCAACAAUCUGUAGUUGUGUACAGAGAUGACGGAAGAGGUGGUGUGGCCAACGUAUUUGUGGCCAUGAUGUAUGAGGAAUACGAUCGGUUGCACGACCUAAUCUGGGCGGAUGAGCCCAUGACUCCUCUAACGGAUGAGGAGAAGCAGGCAUUUGCUUCAACCAGAUCCUGCUAUCUUUGUCACAAACUCCUUGUUGAUAAGGAUAAAGUAAGAGACCAUUGCCACUACACGGGGAAGUAUUUCGGAGCUGCACAUAGUCUGUGUAAUAUGAAAAGGGAGACGGAUAAACAUCUAACAAUUGUCUUCCAUAAUUUUAAGGGCUAUGAUGUGCACUUUGUAAUCAAAGCACUCGGAAACAUGGAGGAUGAUCUAUGCAACAUCAAAAUCAUCCCAAAUAACUUCGAGAAAUACGCAUCAGUGUCAACGAGAAAGUUUAGAUUUAUAGACUCACUACAACAUCUGUCAACUUCUCUUGACUCUCUAACGAAGAACCUGGUCACAAGAGGUCUAGAUAAUCUUAAACACACCAAAGAUUAUAUAGAUGCUCACCACGAAGGGAGUCAGGAGAAAUUUGAACUUCUUACAAGGAAAGGGGUCUACCCCUACUCUUAUAUGGAUGAGUCUGCAAAGUUUAAUGAAGGACUCCCUACGCAAGCUGCUUUCAAGAAUGAGCUUACAGGAGAUGAACUCUCCAAUGAAGACUACCAACAUGUUGAAACAGUUUGGGAAGCCUUUGGGAUGAACACAUUGGGAGAUCUACAUGACCUAUAUGUUGUGUCGGACGUGCUGUUGCUGGCGGAUAUCAUAGAGAGAUAUCGAAAGAUGUGCUGGGAUAGGAUGGGUUUGGAAGCUCUGGCAUAUAUAUCCCUACCCUCACUUACAUUCGAUGCAUGUCUGAAAACAUCCAAGAAAAGACUGCAGAUUGUAAAGGAUAUUGAUAUGCUCCAGAUGCUUGAGUCUGGUAUUAGAGGUGGCAUCAGUGUCAUUUCACACCGUCAUGCUGUGGCAAACAACCCACAGAUGACCAACUUUGAUCCGGCCAAAGAAGAAUCACAUCUGUUGUAUAUUGACGCCAACAAUCUGUAUGGGUAUGCAAUGUCUGAACCUGUACCGAUUGACCAGUUUGAUUGGGUUGAGGAGAGUAUUGCUACCAACAUGACCAAGGAAGACAUAAUGGCUCUCAAUCCUGAUGGUAGACAAGGGUAUAUUUUCGAGGUCGAUCUUGAGAUCCCUCAAGAUAUUCACGAUCAUACCAGUGACUACCCACUGUGUCCAGAAAGAUUGGAAAUCAACAAAGAUAUGAUUUCCCCCAAAUCAUGGGAGAUAAGAGUCCAAAGAGGGUGUGGAAAUGACUUCAGCUCGACCAAACUUGCUCCCAAUUUCUUCCCGAAGAUGGCAUAUGUUAUUCACCUUAGAAACCUCCAGUUCUAUCUGAGUCAAGGUGUUGUGCUCAAAAACGUACGUCGAGCAAUUCGGUUUCGACAAGAAGCUUGGAUUGCUCCGUAUAUAGCAGAAAAUACUAGACUCAGACAGGCUGCAGUGGAUAAGUUUGAAAAGGACUACUAUAAGCUCCUUAACAAUGCCCUCUUUGGGAAGACUAUGGAGAAUGUGAGGAAGAGAGUGAAGAUUGUGCUCGUCAACAAGGGAAGGAGUCAUGCCUGGCAAACCUCCAAACCCACCUUUAAGAGAUUCGAAAUCUUUGAUGAGAAUCUCGUAGGGGUGGAGGUAGCCCAGACUACCAUUACCUUGGAUAAGCCAAUCUAUGUUGGUUUCACUGUCCUUGAGCUGUCAAAACUGCUCAUGUACAAGUUUCACUACGAGGUAAUGAAACCAAACUUCCCUGAAGCAGUACUCUGUUUUACGGACACGGAUUCAUUCCUCUACCAUAUCAAGUGUACAAAUUUGUACAGUGAACACUUGGUCAGGUUGAAGAGUUAUUUUGACUUUUCAAACCUAGCGGAAGAUCAUCCGCUGUUCUCAAAUGAGAAUAAAGCAGUUAUUGGCAAGUUCAAGGAUGAGGCUGAGGGUUGGAUCAUAAUAGAGUUUAUAGGACUACGCUCUAAGAUGUACUCAAUCCUUAUAGAUGACAAGGAGAACGGCAAGCAGAAAAGCACUGCGGCCGGGGUUAAGAAGUGUGUCAAAGACAGAGAGCUACAUCAUGGGCUCUACAGAAAAAUCUUGCAGGGUCCAGUUGUGAUCAAUGAGACAGAGACGUCCCCAGAAGAUCACUACAUCCACCAGAUGACAUUCCGCUCCAAGAACCACACCAUAUACACAGUCGACCAGUGUAAGGUUGGUUUGACGCGGUAUGACGACAAACGAUGGAUUCUGGAAGAUGGGGUUACCACUCGUCCUCACGGUCAUUACCUGAACACCACUGAGUAGUGAAGUUGUUUGCAGUUGACAAACGUUUUUAGUGUAAAUAAUUUGAUAAUUUGAUAUUAUGUGAAUUGUAAAUAUAAUUUGAUGUUUGUGUUAGAGAUUUGACUUUAUUUCGCUAUUAUGUAUUUGAAUCGUAUAUGAUUUUUUAAGUUUUUUAAUCUUUUUACCCGCC